AUGCCUGACUCCAUGAUGAGGCAGAUACCAGGUAAACUGGACUGGGCUGUGACCUACACUCCUGGACGUGUCUGUGCUCUGAAAGGAUCAUCAGUUGAUCUGUCCUGCUCUUAUAAACACCCUGAAGGACUCACAGUGAAUAGAUCACUCUGGUUCAUUGAAAGUCAGUGGAAGUUUGGUGCUGAGCCUGAGGAUGUACGAGAGUCUGAUCAGUAUGAGGGGAGAGUGCAGUACAGCCGGACCCUGAACUCCUGUAGAAUGACCAUCACUGACCUGAGAGAGAGCGACGCUCACACAUACAGCUUCAGAUUCUACACUGAUCAUCCUGACGGCAGUUUCUCUGGCAGUCCUGGAGUCACUCUGUCCGUCACAGAUCUGAAGGUUACAGUGUCAGAUACAGAUGGAGGAGUAAAGAAGCUGAACUGCAGCUCCACCUGCACUCUGCCCAACAACCCCACCUACAUCUGGUACAGGAACGGACAGCCUGUAUCUGACCAGAACAGAAAUGAACUGGAGCUGAGAGACAGAACUGUGGAUGCUGGCAGCUACUCCUGCGCUGUGAAAGGAUAUGAGGAGCUCGGCUCUCCUGCCGUCUACUCUCCCAGACCUCCAUCUGUAUCUGAGACUGAGGUUAACGGCUCCGUCACGCUGGUCUGUGUCAGCGACUCCACCCCUGCCAGCUCUUACACCUGGUUCAGGAAGACAGGAGGGAACAUCACACAGUUUGGAGAAGGAGCCAGUUUAACUUUAGCUGCAGGAGCAGAUGGAGUUUUCUACUGUACGGCAGAGAAUCCAUACGGAUCAUCCACCUCAUCAGAAUGGACUCUUACAUCAGCUGGGCUGUGGAAGCAGUUUGCUGUGUGGGGAACCGUUGGAGUCGGUUCUGCUCUGGUUCUGUCUCUUAUUACUGCUGCUGUCUGUCUUCAGAGGAAGAGAGGAGCAGAGGGAGGAGCAGAUGUUCAGGCUCCGAAGUGUGGAGACGACACGUACUCGGCUCUGAACCCCAACGCCAGGUCCUCCGACUACGACACUCUGACUCAGGUUAGAGACUCUGCCAGCGACACGUACUCAGCUCUGAACUCCACCACCAGGUCCUCCGACUACGACACUCUCACAGAGCAAAGGCCACCACCCGCAGAGAUGAAGAAAGCGGCAGUUGGUUCUCUUGGUCUAGAACAGCAGGAGAGAACAUAUUUCAGCGUGCAGGAGCCUGUACUGUACGGGUUGGAGCCUGUGGAGUUUAGGAGGAAGUUCAGCUGCUAAUGGAUCAAAUCAUCAACUCCGUAGUUUUGUUUCUGCUGUGAAACAGGUGUGAAUUUAAAAAGAUCUGCCAGUUGUGAGUCGUUACAUUGUUUAAUGCAGCACCUUCAGAAAUCCCUUUGAAGUAGCCUUAUAAUGUCAGAUUAGCCUGGUACUAAUUUCUGCUGGCUUCACUGUGGAGAUUUGUGGAAUUACAUCUGAUGCCAAGUCUAAAUCACUGAUAUGUGAAGCUUGAAACAGGCCGAAAAUACCACGGAUACUUUUUUCACUGUUUUCUUAUUGAGCUUUGUUCUCAAAUAUACAUGUUGCUGAGCUGCUGCCUCUAAUU